AUGCCUUAUGCAUAUGAUAAUGAUGAAUUUUCACGUUAUUAUGAUACAUUUGUUGCUGAACAUGUACCACAUGAUAUUUAUUGGACAAAUACAGUAAAACAAGUCUAUACAGAAAUAAUUCAACGAACAUUUUGUGAUAAUCAACAAAAAAUUAUCGUUGAAUUAGGUUGUGGUACGGGUGAAAAUUUAAUUUAUUUUCAAGAAUAUUUUCAAAAUAAAGAUCUUAAAUUUAUUGGUAUCGAUCAUUCAUAUGCUAUGUUAAAUCGUGCAAAAGAAAAAUUAAUCAAUCAAUCAAAUAAUCAAAUUGAAUAUUUACAUGGUAGUUUAACAAAUUUUGCUAAUUAUUUUGAAACACAAAAGAUCGAUUGUAUACUUUUACCAGCUGGUACAUUUCAUCAUUUAAUAACUGAUAAUGAACGUCAAGAAUUUAUCAAUAAUAUUCAACGAACACUUCGAAUUGAAACAGGACUUUUUGCUAUUUAUUUAUUUCCUGAUUCAUUAAUACAUAUUGAAUCCGUAGAUAAAUCAGAAACUGAAGAUAAAUUAAAACUUAUUUCUGUUGAAAAUAUUCAACAAAAUGAUAAUGAAUGGUUAUGUAAACAAACAUUUGAAUUUAAUGUUCCACCAAAAGUUGAAAUAUCAUGGCAAUUACGUACAUGUUCAACAUUUAAACUAAUUAAUUUAUUUAUUUCGAAUAAUUUUGAAAUUCUAUAUUGUUGUUUAAAUGGAAAAGACCUUCUACCAUAUAAUGAAAAUAUUUCAUAUUCCUUAAUGAAUAACUCUACACCUGUAAUUAUUGUUUUUCGUACAAUAAAAAAUACCAACUAG